CUUUUUUCAGCAUUGCUCAUUCAACAACCUCUUACUGAUCAUCGUUCAUUUCUUCGAAAUUACCCUUCAACAUUUACGACCGAUGAAGCUGUUGAAUGUCUAAGUCAUUUAGAGUUUACUCACCUUGUAUCAACUCCAAACCCUUUAGACCAGAGUCAACCUUUACUUACACGUACAACAACGACAUUCAGUAUGUCGAAAAAUAUGGCAAAAACCUUGGGCCAGCAUUUUCUUAACGCCCGGUUGGCUGAGAGUGCAACUGAUCCACAAAAUAGGACUUUGAAGGAUCGCAGUAUCUGGACUCCUACACCAAAGGGCAAAUUCAUGGUGCAAGAUUUUAGCCAGCGUGCACGUGUCUCAAUCCAACAUAUGCAAACGUCUUUGAAUCGAAUUCCUAAUUUUCAAAUUGUCAUGUUCGAAAGAUUAAUAGGCGAUGAUCAACUGUCAUUUUCGAGAUCAAAUAUGACCCAGGCCUUUAGAGUGAUGAUGGAAUGGCUACCCACAGACAAUAUCAUGAUUGACGAAAUUGGUGGUUUAGACAAUAAGAGUAUCAUAGAUUCUUACACAGAUGCUUUUUAUGGCUAUCAGUGUUUUGAGUGGAUUAUGGAGUAUACUAGUGUCGUAUCAAAUGAAGAGUCAGAAGCGAUUGCAGCCGAAUUUGUACUAUAUGGCUGGAUUCAACAAGUAUUUGACAAAUCAGAUAAAGGUCAAUGUAAAAAAGAUGCGACCGCCGUCUUUAAAACAGGCCGAAAAACUCAAUAUUACUUGACCAAUAAAGGCCGAUCUGUGUUGGAUGUUAAGAGUAACUCAACAAAUCAGUCACAAGCCCCCAAUGGCACCCUAUCCGUAGCAACAAGAUCAAGAACUCAAAGUUCAACGAGUAGCAUAUCCUCAUCUUCAUCAAAAGACUCGGCGAAAACGCUUACUGAUGUCGCCAUUACUUCUUUUCACGAAGAAUUGGAUAAACUCAAAGUCUCCGCUGCCCCCAUUUCAAACGUUUCAGAACAACAAUGUAGCUCUCAAAAUUCUCGAUUACAGAACAUUUUACAAGAUCCAUUAACCCGGUUGUAUUUCCGGCGUUUUUUGAAGUCAAGUUUCUGUGAAGAGAACGUUAACUUUUGGGUAGAUUACACAUCACUUGUCAAGAAGAUAAGUCUCCCAAAUGAAUCAUGUGAGUCUCUUUUGGUCCAUUGCAGUACUAUUUAUAAUACCUAUUUCUGUCCUCAAAAUGCUCCGAGUGAAUUGAACAUAGACCAUGGACUUCGCCACGAGAUCAUAAAAUAUAUGCAAGCAACUUUCAAACCUUGCCCAAAAAUCCAUAAAAAUAUCAGAAAUAAUUUAACUUCAGCAGUAAGAGUGGAUGCUCCUUUUGGUUCAGUUUCUGUCUCAACCCAUGGUAUACUUACAUCUUCAGUGGCAAGGAGUGAUGAUGGUAAUGGAGGAACAAUUUCAGUAAUGAAGGAAGGUCUAGAAGACAGCUCUCAGCAAUGUCUAUACAAAAUAACUUGUCUAUACAGUCUGGCAAAUGAGCAUAUUUGUAAAAUUAUGGCUCAGGAUUCGGUUCCACGAUUUAUUAGAACCGAUAAAUACAGAGACCUUAUGCAAACUUAUUAUCAGCAGAGCUUAUCUUUGGAUCAAAAUAACUAA